AUAAUGAAUUUGAUUUCAUGCUCCAAACUUGGAACGCUAAGCCUAAGCCUGUGCGUAUUGAAAAGUGAGAAUGGCUUCAUCUUCUUGUCAAUCGGAAGGUUUAUCGGAAGAGGAUUACGACUUGAUCCAUGGCUCUGAAUCUGGUUGGGUCGAUGCUCGAACUUCAUGUCAUCAUCUACAUUCCUUAUCCCCCGAUCUCACCCACAUUCCAACCCCUAAUACUCCCUGCAACAGGUGCCAACAUCCGAAUGAAAAUUGGUUGUGUUUGUCAUGUAAAGACGUGCUCUGUGGCCGAUUUGUGAACAGACAUAUGCUCCAGCAUUUUCGUGAAACUAAUCAUAGUGUGGCCCUCAGUUUCAGUGAUCUGUCAGUAUGGUGCUUCUCCUGCGAUGCGUACUUGGAUGCUCAUGUUAUUCAGCAAUUGCGCCCUGUUCAUGAAAUGGCCUAUGUAUUGAAGUUCGGGGAGCUUCCACCAGUUGGAGCAAGCUAAAGCCCAAAGUCUUACUCUUAGACAAGAGAAGUGUGAGCCGUUUGGCAUAUUUGUUGCAUGGUGCAAAGAGGGCAGAGAUACUGGACAGGGAGCACUAUCUGCUUAGUGUUUUAGAGGAAUGUCAUGAUGAGUGAUUCUAAAGGAUAUUAUUGUGUAUGUUGUUUCUCUAUGAGAAAGUGGUAGACAUGGCAACCAAACUCGUACUCACGAGUAUCUGUUCGGGUUUGGAUUUGAGUUUUUUCCAAUUUAAAAAUGAUGGGGACAUUAGUAUCCACCUCAAACUCGUGUCUGUCGAUAAUUUGGAAUAUUUGAUUUUGAUAAUUUAAAAUAUUAAUUGUUUGAUUAA